AGAAUUCAAGGCACUAAGCUAUUCAAAAUUACGUCAGCUAUAUGCGAAACAUUACGAUGGUUAUACAAAAUUUGUCGCAGAAUACAAGCAAGGUGUUAAAGACGAUCGACCGGAACCGCACCGUUUAUUGGCUUAUGCUAAAAAUCUGGAAGAGAUUAAAAAGCACAAUGAAUUGUACAAACAAGGCAAAUCAUCAUUUAUGCUUGGCCUAACUGUAAUGAGUGACACGUCGAAGGAGGAUUUGGACGAUCUGUUUCCAGUAGUGGUAUUCAAUGAAACAGAUAAUCCUGUCCCACCGAAUUUAACAGAAAGUUCAAUUAGAGAAGUUAAUUGGGUUGCUAGAAAUUAUAUCACACCAGUGAAAAACUUUCUCAAUUACAGGAGAUGUUAUCGUCCUAGCGGUGCAGCCGAUGCAGUAACGAAUAUUGUGGAAGCAGCUAUUAAAUCUCGUACUGGACGACUGAUAAAACUUUCCACACAGGAAUUAUUAGACUGCGGCGGUUCUGAGUGUAAUACACUCGGGGAUUUCGAUAAGGUCAUAUUGCUUUUGAAUACAAGCAAUUAG